GGGCCGUCAUUAUACGGAUUUGCCGUGCUCUCCCGUUGCUCUCGUCCUUUCGCGAUGGGGAGCACCGGCGGCACGACGACGGCGGAGGCGCCGGCGACGGUGGGUGACUACGAGCUGCGGGAGCGCCUGGGCGGGCGUCCGCCGUCCACGGCCGUGUGGCGCGGGGUCUCACGGUCCACCGGUGCGCCCGUGGCAGUGAAGCAGGUGCGGCUCGCCGGCCUCCCCGCGCGCCUCCGCGACAGCCUCGACUGCGAGGUCCGCUUCCUCGCCGCCGUCAGCCACCCUAACAUCAUCCGCCUCAUCGACGUCGUCCAGACCCAGAGCUGCCUUUACCUCGUCCUGGAGCUCUGCGAGGGCGGGGACCUGGCGACCUUCAUCCGGCGCAAUGGGAGCGUUGACGAGCGCGUAGCCAGAAAUUUUAUGAAACAAAUUGGAGCUGGCUUACAAGUGCUGCGCCGGCACCAUGUCGUCCACCGGGACUUGAAACCUCAGAAUAUCCUUCUCUCUUCUCGCAGCAGUGAUGCGAUCCUCAAGAUAUCUGAUUUUGGCCUCGCAAGAGUUCUUCGACCGGGGGAGUAUGCAGACACAGCUUGUGGUUCUUGUUUGUACAUGGCCCCAGAAGUGAUGCUGUUUCAAAAGUACGAUGACAAGGUAGACAUGUGGAGUAUCGGCGCUAUCCUAUUUGAGCUCUUGAAUGGCUACCCGCCAUUCCGUGGCAGAAGCAAUGUACAGCUGCUUCAGUGCAUCAACAGAAGCACAUCUCUCCCAUUCUCGGAACCACUGGCGUCCACCUUGCAUCCUGAUUGUGUUGAUAUAUGCACCAGACUACUAUGCACUAAUCCAGUGAAACGGCUGUCCUUCCAAGAGUUCUCCAACCACCGCUUCUUCAGAGUUUGAGUGCCAAGGCACGGGGAGCUGGCAGUGGCAGCAACAUCAUCUGAAGAACAGAUCACUUGCAAGAUCAAAGACGAAGCAAAAAAAAAAAAAAUGGUGUAUUGCAGGGUAUAAGGUCUUGGAACUAAUCAUACCAGCCCAACUAGUCCGUCUAGUCAACAACCAGAGCCCCCCUGCGGAGGGAACCACAAAUGUGUAAAUUAGAAUAACAAAUGUAUAGCGGUGCCGACCAGUCUAGUUCGAUGCUGGAAGCCUUAGAAUUUCUAAGCACUAAUGGCGCACUUUGUACAGUUUUACCCUCUUAUGAAUGAAAGAUGAUACCGGAUCUUUCGAAGAGAGAAAAAAAAAAAA